AUGAAUAGCCUCCGCCUACUGAGAAAGUCGUCAACGCCAUGUUCAAAGCGACUCACACUUGCCUCCAUCAUCAACCCUAGCGCGACUCUUCUAUUAGUACCAUCAUCAACACCCAGAGAUGCUCCUAUUAGUACCAAAAGUCACAACUUUUCCACCUCCACCACUUCUAUUAGACAGCAAUCGAAAUCUCUCGAUUGGGUUAGUGGUAACUAUGGAGUUCUAACGAGGAAUUUUCAUGUGGGUGGUGGGUCGUUGAAUUUCAGGGCUUCCGAAGUGUUAUCUCAGGCGGAACUUGCGUUCGCCAGUUUCUCCGAUGAAGAUAAGUCGUCGGGAGCGAGUGGGGCCGUCGAUGAUGGUCUUGAGAUAUCGAAGCUUGGGAUUUCUGGAGAGAUUGUUCAGGCUUUGGCUAAGAAGGGUAUCACUAAGCUCUUCCCUAUUUAUGUUGAUGAGUUAUGGAAGCUUUUGUCUGACAAGGAUGCAUAUCGUAAUCUGUUUCUUUCUCUUGACCUUGUGAAAACUCAGAACAAGUUGUUUCUAAUUGGACGAGCUUAUCACAUAGGAUGCAAGCUCAUCAUUCGUGUGAAUGUCAUAGAAAUAGUAUAUUAUUCAAGGUGUGGACAUUGUAAGAAGCUUGCACCUGAGUGGAAGAAGGCUGCAAAUAAGUUGAAGGGCAAGGUGAAGCUCGGUCAUGUCGACUGUGAUGCGGAGAAGGUGGUCUUGGAGUAUGCAGAUGUUGAGAGUGCAACUAAAGCUCGAACUGGCCUAAAUGGUAGAAAAUUUGGUGGGAAUCCGGUUGUGGCUGUGUUCUAUCCAGAAAACAAGUUUUCUGAGGGAGAUUAUGAUGGCUAGUUGUUGUUUGCUCUUCGUGAUGUCUUAUUAGGAUCUCUAUGAUAAAAAGAUGAAUUAUAGAGUUGAUGCUCUAAACUAUACAGCAGGCAUUUUUUGCUUUACUGCCCUGUUUCUAAUUUUUCUAAUUUAUGCAGAUCCUAGAUAGGGCCAAGGUUUUAUGCAGUGAUUCAUUUCCAGCAUUGUGGUUCAGAUUCUGAUACUGAUCUGUUGAGCUUAGAGAUGGUAUUUCAAGGCAUGGAGCGGGAUUGCUAGAGUUGUUCAAGUUUAAGAGACAUUAAACGUAAUUAGAGAUGGUUCAAAUCCUCUUGAAGGACUAAAGUUAUUUUUUCUAUUUUUAGAAUUUCUUGUUCUUUGAUUCUUUUAAUUCAUUUUUUUUGGAGAUAAAAUUUUGUUUUUUUAAAAAAAGAUGUGAAAUGUAUUAAUUGUGUUAGUUUUUUAUU